GAGCAGUUAAUCUGGUUUCAGGAGCUGGGACGGUUUCCUAACACAGCUUCAGUCGGACGCCGGUCUUAUCCGGAACAAGGAAGAACCAGAAUCGGUGGCCGGGCCAUCCGGGAGCCGGAAGGCGGGUAUAUUACACACCUUCAGCAAGGGCGUGUGUUUGUGUGUCUGUGUCUGUAUGUGUGUGGGUGUUUGUGUGUGCCUGUUUGGUGUGUGUUAACAUAUUUUGUUUCCAUGCGUACUCACAACAAGGUAUCUUAGCAGCCAGGGGCCUGUCUCUAUUGUCCUAAACGGCCCUUAACAAUGGAGGGGGAUGGGACUGCGGGCCAAUCAACUGUCUACCUCAGUGUUUGUUGUCAAACACAGGCCCCUCCUCAUUCAUCAGUUCAUCAGCACACAGUGAUUGGAUCUUAACGUGAUGGCGUCUUCAGAAUUAGCUUUGCAAAUGGAGGUCUCUUGAUUAUGCUAAUCUCUUCCUUAGUGUGAUCCAAGUCUCCAUAGAUCAUUGUUCCUCCCCCUGACUCAACUCCCCCUCCUUCACCCACUCCUCAGAGGACUCAUUGAGAGCACACAGGUGGUGUUUUUGUAAAAGCGGCUUCAGGCAAGCUACCGUGACAUCAUGAACACUGGACUCCUCCUCGCUCACCUGCCUCCCUCCCUCCCAGGUAUAAUUGACCUCUGUUUCCGUGGCAGUAUCUGCCUCGAUCCCGCCCUCUUCCAAAUCCUCACACCUUCCCAAGACAAACGUUGGAGCCCAGCACAAAGGAGUUGGUAGUUAGAGAGAAAGAGCGAAGGAGAGAGAGAGAGGAGAGAGCCACUCGACACUCACAGUUUGGGAUUUACAUUUGAUUUGGAACUUGAAGAAUCGCUGGACUUGCUGGGCUUCCUGAUCUGAUUCUGGUGCUGUUGUCCUCACCGAUAAUCCCAGCAUGUCUAUGGGUAUGGAGAUUGUGGGCAUCGCCCUGGGAGUGGUCGGCUUCAUCCUUUCCAUCGUGGUGUGCGCUCUGCCCAUGUGGAAGGUCACCGCCUUCAUCGGCGCCAACAUCAUCACGGCGCAGACCAUCUGGGAGGGCAUCUGGAUGACCUGCGUGGUGCAGAGCACGGGCCAGAUGCAGUGCAAGAUGUACGACUCCAUGCUGGCGCUCAGCUCCGACCUGCAGGCGGCGCGCGCCCUGACCAUCGUGGCCAUCCUGCUGGGCGUGCUGGCGGUGCUCGUCUCCAUCGUGGGAGCCAAGUGCACCAACUGCAUCGAGGACGAGGCGUCCAAGGCCAAGGUGAUGAUCAUCUCCGGCAUCUUCUUCCUGCUGGCGGGGUUGCUGCUCAUCAUCCCCGUCUCCUGGACUGCCAGCACCAUUAUCCAGAACUUCUACAACCCCCUGCUGACCGACGGCCAGCGGCGGGAGCUGGGAUCGGCGCUCUACAUCGGCUGGGGCGGGGCCGCCUUGCUGCUGAUCGGAGGAGCCAUGCUGUGCAGCUCCUGCCCGCCCAAGGAGCAGAGGUACAAGCCCCCGCGCAUGGCCUACUCUGCGCCGCGCAGCGCCAGCGCGGCCGCGGGCUACGACCGGAAGGACUAUGUGUGAGAGGGGUGGCGGCAGGCCAGAGGAAGAGGGGCCAGAGGACGGGGGCCUUCAGCGUGUGAAUGUGAAGCGCUGUGAGAAAGAAGCGCAGCUUGAAUCUCCCGAGUUGACUCCGACAUGAAGGCUUAUGGUGUGUGGUAUUGGUUUUGUUUGAAGUUUAGUAUGCGCAUUAUAUAAAUAUAUACUUAUAGCAAAACAUUUGUAUCCAAUAAAUAUAUAUACAUAUAUCUAUAUUUAUUGGUUACAAAUGUUUUGUCUCAUUCGAAUAUUUGUACAUACUUUUUUUGUAACAUAUAAUCUGUACCUCUCCACGUGUAAUUCAAAAUGUCUGUGUCACUGUGUGUGAGCGUGGAGGGAAGGCUAGGGCUAGGGUUAACCCAAACCCUACCCCUACCCCUAGCCCCAACCCCAACCCCCAAAGUCCCCUUCUGAGAGGGGUGUCGCGUUUCACUGAAACCAGUUUUUAGAAGAAUCACUUCCCUGCGUUUGCAGACAAUGACAGGGAAAAGCCUGUUGGUCUGUGAGCGUCUGUGUGUGGGGAGGGGGGGUUUUUGCAUGCGUUUGCUUACCUGAGUUUCUGUUGAGACUGAAACCUAAGCUCCAGGUGUCCGUGGAAGGCCCCGGUCACGGAUAUUCUUGGUUCUUGGCCAAUGUUACUCUUGAGGACAUGGGAGGAGUGGACGACAUUUCAGUUUAUUUAUUUUUAUCUUUGUGUAUGCGACUGUGUGUUUGUGUUUGUGGGGCGUCUGUUGAUUCCAUACAACCCGAUACACAACCAUUUUGUAUUUUACAGUCUUCGUUGCAAUAAUGAAGAGUAGUGUCUGUUAUUGUGAUCUGUGGUGUUCUGUGUACUGUAAGACACGAAGCAGAACGGGUAUCUGGGUUGUGGCCCAGCAGCCCUCUGUUUGACAAACAUCUAAAUAAAGAAAGGCAAUGUACAGCAGGGAAGAGCAGGGGACAUAAAGACAGAGAGGAGGAGGCGGUUUCUGAAAACCUUGUAUAUAUAUAAAUAUAUAUAUAUAUAUAUAUAUAUAUAUAUAUAUAUAUAUAUAUAUAUAUAUAUAUAUAAAUAUAUAUAUAUAUAUAUAUACGUGGAAAUUAUAUAUAUAUGCAUAUAUUUAAACAUAAAUAUAUAUAUAUAUAGAUGUAUAUAUAAACAUAUUUAUAUAUAAUUAUAUAUAUUUGUAUAUUUCAACUUAUAAUUUUCGUCCUGCAAAAAGAAUGACUCUUUAAGUCCAAUACUUUGAUGUUUAUGUUUUUUAAUGCAUUGCAUAUAUUCAUUCCACUUUGCAUCAUCACGGUUCUGGAUUCAAGGACGAUUCCAAUUUGCAGUCUGAGUGUAGAAGUUUUGUUAUGUUUAAUAAAAGUCAAGUGUUGUAAUCAUGGAG